CGCCCCUCCCGUCCGGCCUCCGCCGCCGCCGCCGCCGCCGCCUGGGGCUUGGUUGAGGCGGACGGUGGGUCCGGGCCCGAGUGUGGCGCCGCCGCCGCUGCGCAAAGGGGUAAGCGGGCAGUCAGAAAAUGGGUAAGAAGAGUCGAGUGAAAACGCAGAAGUCGGGCACUGGUGCCACGGCAAGCGUGUGUCCGAAGGAAACCUUGAACCUGACCAGCGAGCUGCUACAGAAAUGCAGUAGCCCUGCGCCCGGCCCCGGCAAGGAAUGGGAAGAGUAUGCGCAGAUCCGGUCUCUCGUCGAGAAAAUACGGAAAAAACAAAAAGGUCUGUCUGUUACUUUCGAUGGGAAAAGAGAAGACUACUUUCCCGACCUAAUGAAGUGGGCCUCCGAAAAUGGAGCCUCUGUCGAAGGGUUUGAAAUGGUCAACUUCAAAGAAGAGGGCUUUGGUUUGAGAGCAACCCGAGACAUCAAGGCAGAAGAAUUAUUCUUAUGGGUUCCACGAAAAUUACUAAUGACUGUUGAAUCUGCUAAAAAUUCAGUGUUGGGGCCUUUGUAUUCUCAAGACCGGAUUCUUCAAGCUAUGGGAAAUAUCACACUAGCCUUUCAUCUGCUGUGUGAGCGAGCCGACCCUAACUCUUUCUGGCAGCCCUACAUUCAGACCCUCCCUAGCGAAUAUGAUACUCCUCUCUACUUUGAAGAGGAUGAAGUUCGGGACCUGCAGUCCACACAAGCCAUACAUGAUGUCUUCAGCCAGUAUAAGAACACGGCUCGGCAGUAUGCCUACUUCUAUAAGGUCAUCCAGACCCACCCUCAUGCCAACAAACUGCCCUUGAAGGAUGCUUUCACUUACGAGGACUACAGGUGGGCAGUCUCUUCUGUUAUGACUCGACAAAACCAGAUUCCCACAGAGGACGGUUCCCGGGUGACCCUGGCGCUGAUUCCCUUAUGGGACAUGUGCAAUCACACCAACGGCCUGAUCACCACCGGCUACAACCUGGAGGACGACCGGUGUGAGUGUGUGGCCCUGCAGGACUUCCGGGCCGGAGAGCAGAUUUACAUUUUUUAUGGCACUCGGUCAAAUGCAGAGUUUGUGAUCCACAGUGGUUUUUUCUUUGACAAUAAUUCACACGACAGAGUGAAAAUAAAGCUGGGAGUGAGUAAGAGUGACCGGCUGUACGCCAUGAAGGCCGAGGUCCUGGCCCGCGCCGGCAUCCCCACUUCCAGUGUGUUUGCGCUGCAUUUCACCGAGCCGCCCGUCUCUGCCCAGCUCCUGGCUUUCCUCCGCGUAUUCUGCAUGACUGAAGAAGAACUGAAAGAACAUUUGCUGGGAGAGAAUGCCAUCGACAGGGUCUUCACCUUGGGCAAUUCCGAGUAUCCUGUCAGCUGGGACAAUGAGGUCAAACUGUGGACAUUUCUUGAAGAUCGGGCCUCGCUUCUUUUAAAAACCUACAAGACCACCAUUGAGGAGGACAGGGCCUUCCUGAAGAGCCACAGCCUCUCCGUGCGUGCCACAAUGGCCAUCAAGCUGCGCUUAGGGGAAAAAGAGAUUCUGGAAAAAGCGGUGAAGAGCGCGGCCGCCAAUCGGGAGUACUACCGCAAGCAGAUGGAGGCGGGGGCCCCGCUGCCCCGGUGUGAGGAGAGCGGCGCACCGGGCGCCAGGCUGCCCUUGGCCUUGCGGAGCCUGGAGGAGGAGGCGGGCACGCAGGAGGCCCUCACCCUGGCCGAGGCUGUGGGCCGGGCGAAGGCCGUGGAGAACGGGCUCCUGAACGGCGAGAACUCUAUCCCCAACGGGACCGGGUCGGAGAAGGAGAAUUUAAAUGGGGAGGAAAGCAGAAGAGCAACGGAAGGCACCAAAGAAUCUUCCUCAGACAGCGCGGAGGGCGCCCGGGAGCAGUAGCCCCACGCAGGUGCCGUCUGCGCCCCGGCCGGCUGAGCGGAAGUCUGUGGACCGUCCAUUUGCAUCGCCGCGCUGCCCUGUCCACGUUCUCUUUCUGCAGAGAGGAAAAUGUGUUUUUGCUGCUUUAUAUAAAAAUGAUUUUUUUUUAAGUUAUUUAAAAAAAAUCUAGCUUCCCUUUUUGAUUAAGAUUGCCAUCUUGCUUCCAGGCAAAACAGGCUGUCGGGCCUCGGCAACGGCAGAGGGGGAAGAGGUGCUGGGGGGCGUCCUGUGGACCCACUGCAGGCGCACGGGCUGUCUUCCCGGGGAGGGGUGCAGGUGUGACCUCCGCUGUGCCCGGGUGCGCCCGGCACCGUGACGCUGCCGCAGUGGUGGCCUCUCUGCCCCCUGCCGAGGGGGCGGGGGGACAGACGUGCUUGGGGUUUGGCAACUUGAGGGUCUGGGCGACACCUUUUUUGGUUUAUUUUUUUUUUCCCCUAAAAUAACACCCCGGUACUGAAAGAAAAGUUAAGGUGGCAACCUUAUUUUUAAUAGUUUUAAAUGUUGAUGAUAAUCCCAAUUAUAUAAAUACACACACAGCCCUAGUGAUUUCUAAAGAUUUGUUUACCUUUUGUGUUUGGUUUUACUGUUAUUAAGAACUUGCCCUUUCUCCUUGAAUCACAGUAGGAUAUGCAUCCUCCUCCUCAUUUUACAUGUUGGCUCUGAUUUUAAAGUGGUGCGUUUGAUUUCCUGCAUCGGUCCCGGAGGGUCUGCGGCUGUGGCAGCGGGGCCUCAGCCCUGCGGGGCCGCGCGCAGCGAGGCGGCUUCCCGGCUCUUCUGGUUUUCACAAGCUAGAGAUUUUCAAAGCUACACUUUUGAGUAAAAAGCCUUAUUAAAAGGAAAAUACGAUUAAUA